CGCGCCAAAGGGCACCCUCCCCGGGGCACAGGGGGCGUGGCCAGCUUCUCCCGGCAGCGCCCGCGCCUGCAGCCGCGGGGAAUUUUGGUCGCUUUUCGUCCAGCGCAGCUAGUACGAAUGGGAGCUGGUUCCCCGGCGCUACUGCCCACCUCUCAGGGGCAGCAUAACCUUCAGUCCCUCUAAGACCGUGUGGAACCUGGGCAGCAUGGCAUCCUCCAGCCAGAAGGUGGAGAAGCCAGUGUCCCCGGAACCCCAGCCAGAGCCUGGGCCGGGCCGCGAGCUUCAGUCCUGGCGGUGCCUGGUAUUCUACCUCUGCUUCUACGGCUUCAUGGCCCAGAUGCGGCCCGGCGAGAGCUUCGUCACCCCCUACCUCUUGGGCCCUGCUAAGAACUUCACGAAGGAGCAGGUCACCAAUGAGAUCACGCCGGUGCUGUCCUACUCCUACCUGGCAGUGCUGGUGCCCACCUUUCUGCUGACGGACUACCUGCGCUAUAAGCCGGUGCUGCUCCUGCAGGGCCUGAGCUAUAUCUCUGUGUGGCUGCUGCUGCUGUUUGGCCACUCCGUGCUGCACAUGCAGUUCAUGGAGUUCUUCUACAGCCUCACCAUGGCCGCCCGCAUAGCCUACUCCUCCUACAUCUUCUCGCUCGUGCGCCCCGCCCAGUAUCAGCGCAUGGCCGGCUACUCGAGGUCCGCAGUGCUCCUGGGCGUCUUCACCAGCUCUGUGCUGGGCCAGCUGCUCGUCACCGUGGGCAAGGUCUCCUUCACCACGCUCAACUACAUCUCGCUGGCCUUCCUCACCUUCAGCCUGAUCCUCGCCAUGUUCCUGAAGCGCCCCAAGCGCAGCCUCUUCUUCAACCGCAGUGAGCCUGCCCACGGCGAGGCCUCGCCCUCGGAGCUGGACAAGAUGCACCCUGGCCCUGGCCAGCCCACGGGCAGGAAGCUCCGCGGGACUCUGCUGGCGGGCUGGAGGGACUGGGUCCUCGUGCGCAUGCUCCGUGAGUUAAGAGCUAGCCUGCGGCUGCCACAGCUGCGCCUCUGGUGCCUCUGGUGGGUCUUUAACUCGGCCGGCUACUACCUAAUCGUCUUCUAUGUGCACAUCCUGUGGAACGUGGUCGACCCCACCAAAGACACCACCAAGGUCUACAACGGUGGUGUGGAUGCCGCCUCCACUCUGCUCGGCGCCAUCACCUCCUUUGCCGCGGGCUUUGUGAAGAUCCAGUGGGCUCUGUGGGCGAAACUGAUCAUCGGAGGCGUGACAGCGGUGCAGGCAGGGCUGAUCUUCCUCAUGUACAGCACGAGCAGCAUCUGGCUGUGCUACGUGGCCUUCGUGCUCUUCCGUGGCUUCUACCAGUUCCUGGUGCCCAUCGCCAUUUUUCAGAUCGCGUCCUCUCUCUCUAAGGAGCUCUGUGCCCUGGUCUUCGGAAUCAACACGUUCCUCGCCACUGUUCUCAAGACCAUCAUCACCCUCAUCGUUUCCGACAAGCGUGGCCUGGGCCUCCAGGUCCAUUACCAGUUCCUGGUCUACUUUGGGUACUUUGUGGUGCUGUCUGUUGCCUACUUCUUGGGAGCUGUGCUGGGGACCCUGUGGCACUUCCUGGGGAGCCACCACCAGCCCCUGCCCCUGGGCCAGGAGCUAAGGAGCCCCUCGGAGGAGAAAGCUACUCAGGUACUGAGCCCGCAGGAUGGGGCCCUCAGCAACCUGCAGCCCGAAGCCACAACCCUGGCCCCGGAGGACAGUGCAUGGGCCGCAGCACCAGUCCUGAGGGACCAGUGCGAAGCCAAGGCCUGACCUGCCCUCUCUGUGAGUGGCCAAAUUCUGACACCAGAGGCAAUCUGCUCUGCAUCCUCCAGCAUCCUCACUGAGCUGGGCCCUGGCAUCUCAGAACUGUCCAUCCCUGGCAGGGUGCCGGUCCCUGUGAGCCUGGGUCCUGACAUCUCAGAACGUCCAUCCCUGACAGGGUGCCGGUCCCUGUGAGCCUGGGCCCUGACAUCUCAGAACUGUCCAUCCCUGACAGGGUGCCGGUCCCUGUGAGCCUGGGCCCUGACAUCUCAGAACUGUCCAUCCCUGACAGGGUGCCGGUCCCUGUGAGCCUGGGCCCUGACAUCUCAGAACGGUACAUCCCUGACAGGGUGCCGGUCCCUG